AUGUCUACAAAUCUCACAUUAUUCCAGUUUUUCCACUGGUAUUACUCGGUCGACGGCAAUCUUUGGAAACAUGCGCUCGAUAAAGCGCCACAUCUUUCACGAUUGGGAAUUACGCAUGUAUGGCUGCCGCCCGCUUACAAAUCAUCCGGUGGUGUAGACGAACCCGGGUAUGCAGUAUACGAUCUGUACGACCUGGGGGAAUUCGACCAGAAAGGAACGGUACGCACACGAUAUGGAACAAAAGAUGAAUACCUGGAAUGCAUUAAAGGAAUACAGGCACAGGGGAUGGAAGUGAUAGCGGACAUCGUUUUAAAUCAUAAGAAUGGUGGUGAUGAAACGGAAGAAGUACCUGUACAACAGGUGAACCCGGAAAACAGGAAUGAAAAGAUAGGCGAGCCCACUACCAAAGAAGCGCAUACCAAAUAUUAUUUUCCGGGCAGAGGUGGCAAUGAUAUACCCGCCAACAAGAUGUAUAAGCUGGUGCCGGGAUUUUAUCCUGAAUUGUUCCUGGACAAGAGUGGGUUGUCGGGUACAGACCAAAGUUUUCUUUCCGAUAUGAUCGGGUCGAACGGCGUUGCAUUGGACAAAGCAGGCAAUCUUGUGUUUUGCCAGCACGGUGAUCAUUCGAUAGCGCGGUUGAAUGCUGAUCGGUCUGUUUCGGUAUUGGCCAGUCAUUAUAUGGAUAAGCCAUUCAACAGUCCGAAUGAUCUUGUGACGAGAAGUUGUGGAGCGAUUUUUUUUACUGAUCCACCGUAUGGUUUAAAGGACCAG